AUUCGGGUAAAUUACAGAAAAUUGCCAUCAUUUCAGCCUCUGACUGACUAAACUCUUGAAGAAGAAGGGCAACGAGUCUCAUCGUCUUUCUUUGCAAUCCUUCUGACUUUGCCAAGGAAAAAGGAAUUGGUGUUUGGUGGAACAGAUCGAUCCGAUCUAAUGGGAGGAGCUGAGCAUGGACAUGGAGGAGAAGGUGGCGAUUUCAGAGCCAAAGUUUGGAGUAUGUCUGGUGGGCCUUACUGUAGGCCCAAACAUUGGCGUCGGAACACCGCCAUAGCUAUGUUCGGCGUUUUCCUUGUCUGCAUCCCCAUCGCCAUGAAGUCUGCUGAGCUCGAGCAAAGGCCACACAUGCCUGUACGCCCAAUUCCUUCACAGAUAUGGUGUAAGAACUUUGGAACCAAGGAUGAUUACGAGAAGGAGCAUUAAAGCGUUUUCCUUGCUUUGAAGAAAACUCUUUUGCUUGGUCUCUUAUUUGCAGACAAUGUGAGCAUGAAAAAAAAGAAAAAAAAAACCUUCCUAGAUCUGUCGUUCAUCUUUCAUAUUACUGUGAACAUAAUAAUUUGUCUUUGCCCUUGCCAUGUACAACACAUGGAAUCUUCCCAAAUUCAGGAAUUUUCAUGUUAUUCCAAAACUCAAUUAAUCAGCAGUAUAUAUAUGGGUCGGUUUUAU